AUGCCAGCCCGUAACAGGGCUGUUCCGCCUUCGUGGCUUAUACGUUCCCGACCUGCUAUUGCUCAUGCCGCCAAUGAUCAAGAAUCCUGCGAAUACUUUGACCUUUUCGUCAAAUUCGACAAGCCUGCCAGGCAGUGCUUGAUCGGCCUCAGAAACGUCGCGCAGCUUGAGGGCUUUGACACCCCCCAGUCGCUUUCGCUACUUUUCCAGCCCGACAACAUUAACAAAAUCUCACUCGACUCGAACGCUGUGUCAGCUCAAGUCACAUCCAAACUUAUCCGUGAUGGGGCAAUCACGUCCGCAACGGAAGUCGUCGUCCUUUCUAUAUCAUUGAGGUCUCCAGGCCGUGUGAUCAGCCCUAUCACUACCGCGCCUCUCUUGCCAAAGGACGCGUCUCGACAAAAGUUCUCCGCGUUCGCCGUUCUCUGUAAAGCUACAGACAUUCGAAUCUGUCUUGCGACCAACCAUGUCACGAGCGGUCAACGUCAGGGUGUGGAGGAGAUCGUCAAUCUCGCACAAACCGCUCUGCUCGCGUCGUUCCCCACAGACCUUCGCAGGUUGGGUGGCGGUCGAGGUGUGCAAAUGUCCGACUGGCGGUAUCUCCAUAUGCCACAGGAAGGAUUGGUCGAAGGGUCGGCUGAAGAAACGGCGGAGGGGCUGCCAGAAGCACCGCCGCCAGCGUAUAGUAAAAGGGCCCCAUCAUCGCUAGCUCUUGAUUCACCGCCGCCUAAAAGGGUUCUUCUUGAAACCCCGCCUCCGCCAUCACCCACUGAGCUGAACACUCCGACCACGCAAGACCUGUCGACCACGCAAGAUCUGUCAGAACCGAGCACUGGCAGGCGGACCCAAAGUCCGCGAUCUCCCUUUCAGAGCCCGCCGCUUAACGAAAGCACGUCCUCGCCACUUCCAAACUAUCAACACGCAAUUGAAGACUACAUUCGGGAAGCAUGCCAGUCAGCGGUGCACGAAGCGGUGCGCAAAGCCGUGCAGGAGGCCAUGGCGGGGAUCCACGCAGCUGUGUCUUCUGCUGUGCGCGAAUUUCUCCCCGGCGCUAUUCAUGAAGCAGUCAAAAAAGAGUUGACACGGCCUGGCAUGAUGCAACCACAGCUACCCAAUGAAGACUUGCUGAACCCGCUCCUCGCUAAUCAUGUCGACGAAAGACUCGAGCCCAUGGUUGAUGCGAAGUUGCCUGCCUUAAUUCAGCCCUCAGUGGAGGACACCAUGAACAACUUCGUGGGAUCCGUAGAAGACGCGCACGAUGCUGCGGAACUGCAACUGAGAGAUAAUGUCGAUGACAUGCUGCUUGAGAUCAAGGGGGUGAGCGAAGAGUGCAUCAGAGAUAUGAAUGAUGAGAAGCAGGAGACACUGGAUGACUUUGACGAGCAAGUACAGGAAAUGAUGGACAAUGCCGCCUGCGCGGUCGAGGAAAAGACUGUGGAACAAGAGCGAAGGCUCUCGGCUCUGCAACAAAGUCUGAAAGCAGCAGAGCAAGGUGCGGAGGGGCUGCGCGAGGACCGUUUGAAAAGAGCGCGUUCUGUUUAGAGCAGUGAUGCGCAAUUCCCAUGCGCCAAAGGCAGAGCACCUUCCCAGUAGGUGUUGAGGCUCUGCGGCUCUGUUCUUUGCUUUUAGCUUUUAGGCUAAUAUUAAGGACUGGCAUCCCUUAUUUUGUUUUUUCC